CCUAAACAUACUCUCUGCUCUUACAAAAAGAAGAAGAAGACGACAGAAGAGAAACAUGCUAAAUAAUCUUGGCUAUUCUUCUAGUUAUCUGUCAAUGUCCCGGUGAUCAAAUGCUUCUGCGCCAUGUCGCCACGUCUAAUAUGGAUGAAGUGAACGUGGUGUCUCUUGCUGUUGGGAGCUGUGUGGACACCCUCUGCCUGCUGUUGGACGUGGUCAUCAGGACGUUCAGCUGGCUGCUUCGCUUCCUGUCCGACAUGGGCGUUUCCCUCCACAGCAUGCUGGUCUCCCUGAGCAGCUCCACUUUGGUUGAAUACUGGAACUUUGCUCUUUUCUCCUUCCUGGCCGCCACUGAGGCCGUCUCCAGCGCCGCCCACGGAGCCCUGCACGCUGUGGAGGGCUGGCUGCAGACGCUGGGAGGAGUGUUGGAGAGUUUCAAGAUGGUCGGACACCUCUUUUGUCACGUGGCGUGGCGAACCAAGGACAUGCUGCACCGCGGGUUCAUUUCAGGCAGCUGCAUCCUGCGACAGACAUGCGAAGGCGUCCUCAUCGCACUAAGCCUCGUUCUCUAUUUUGUCAACACGGUGGUCAACAUCGUCCUCAUCUGCACACAGAACUGUCUCUCUGCGUUGGCGGGUGUCUGGGAGGCGGUGGCGGUCCCAGUCCACAAAGUCGUGGAGCUGGCUCUGACCCUGCUGACCUUCCUGUACAGCUGUCUCAUUGGCGCCUCCAUGCUGCUGUGGACGCCCUGCCAGCUGCUGCUGGACUUCCUGGGAGCACUGGGACGUGUCUUCAUCACUGUUUUCAUGGUUGACGCACACGGCCUGCUUGUCACAGCGGCCGUCAUUUUUCUGGUUUUGCUGAUAUUGAACCCAAAGCUUCCUGUCCUCGCUGGACAGCUGAGCCUCCGUUUGGUCAAUGCUCUGCCGGGAGCUCGCCGUGUGCAGACGACCGUUCGCAGGCUGUACGCCGUGAUGCUGAGACCAGCUCUGGUCUAUCAGACGGUCCACACCAGGACAGCACAGGACACGAGCAGAACGAGGCUCCUGAACACAGAUGCGGGUGGUUUAAUCGCCGAGGCUGACCUGCAGCCAGCGAAUGGCCUGAGCCAGCCGGACUCGGUGCAGCUUCACGCUCAGCAGGAAGGAGAGCCAGCGAGCGGCGGCAGCAGCAGGACGAAUACGUCCCGAUCGAACUCGGCCGCGGAGGAUGGCGAGCUGCUCAGCCUGCUGAAGGAGCAGGAGGAGAGGAAGAAGUGUGUCAUCUGUCAGGAUUUGAGCAAGACGGUUCUGCUGCUUCCCUGCCGUCACCUCUGCCUCUGCCGGCACUGCGCCGACAUCCUGACACAACGCCGACCCGCCCAGCAGCGCUGCUGUCCGCUCUGUCGACAGCACAUCACAGAGACCCUGGACGUCUUCCUCUGACGUGUGACAGACAAGAACUGUGGCGACGUGAACAAAAGGCCGCGGCUACAAACGGCUGCACACGAGAGGAAUGUGGCUCUGUGGUGGGUUUUUUUCUGACCUUAGAGCUGCAACAAGACAAUCGAGCAAUCAAUUAGUUGACUGACAGGAAAAUAAUCAGCAACUAUUUAGACAACUGAUAAAUCGUUUUGAGUCAAAUUCCUCUGGUUUCUAGUUGUUUCAGCUUCAGUGUCCACAGCACGAAACGUUUCCUUGGUGAAGCUUCUUCAUUGGGAGCUUUGUUUUUAUAUCAUUUAAAUUAAUAAUAAAUGCACUGAUCAGUUAAUGAAGCAGUUUCUGAAAGUUGGAGGCAACUAUUGUGAAACAGUUAUGAAAAAUAUCUGUGCCAAACAGUUGACUGACAGUGGUGAAAUAAACAGGCUUCUCACUGUGAUCACUUCAUUUCACAUGUCCAUCAAACCGUGUGUGGAUAAAAUAAUGUGAGGAAAAACUGGAAACGUUUUCAGAUAUGAGUGUUUGUUUUGUUUUUUUUUUUUACCAUUAUCAGUGUAACUCAUCAAACCAGUCAGUGUAAGUGCAGCUUGUUAUUUUAACAUUGAUCAGCAGUUCACAAACAGUCUGAGCUUCAGAUCCUCCUGAAUAUCUGGGAUAUUUUAAAAGUCUUCUCUGGGUGGUGAGUUGAAAAUCCUUGAUCCUUCUGAGACAAAAUAAGAAACUUGAUAUUUUAUUCUGGAUUUAUGAAACUGACAGUUUUUUUUUUUCAUUUCAGAAACAGUUUGCAGUUUACAUCUUUCAUCUUUUUGUUUCUAAAUGAAUUUCCAGUUGCACUAUCUGUAUCUUACACAGCCAGUGUUCUCGUCUUAGCAGAAGCACAAAUACUGAACUUUAUUUUUUCACAAUGGUUUUUAAUCUUCAAACUUGAAUAUAUAUUUAUUUGAUGAAAUGCCAAACCAACGGAGAAGCUCUUAAAUCUUAAAGUGUGGAAGUGAAUUUUAUUAGUUAAACUCAGCGGCUGCCGACUUUUUCCACUGGAUUCAAACACGUGACGUUUUGUGCCAAAGACUUAAAGUUGCAGUGGUUUUUGUACCUUUGUAAAAAAAAAAGAAUGCUUUUUCACAGGAGGUUUUACAAACACACAUUAAAACAUUAAAUAGCUCUAAUGUGGA